UUUAUUAAAUAACUUUCGCUGACUUACGAGAAUCGUUUUCAAUUUGAGCAAAAAAUAUUACUUCAAAAAUUCGCUACUGAUGCAAGCGCCAAAUAUUAUAGUCCCGAGCGCGGCGGCCAAUCAUAUUACAUUCACUGGCUCUAGGCUCAGAGCAGAUUUGUUCUGCCUGCUUGAAGCCGAAAAGUGACUUCGCAAAUCCGUACGGCACACUUCAUAACCUCAACAUUUGAGGCUUUCGAAGCGUCCGCUAAUAUCAACGUAAUCUACGAGUUUCAUCCAAAAUCUUUGAAAUUUUCACUGGAUAAUCAUCAUGCCUGAAGCAACGAAAGUCGAUGCUCCCAAGCCACUGCCCGAGAAGAAAAAUAAUGUCAAAGAUGAAGAUAAAAGCGAUCUGUCUGAUGAAGAUAGAUUGUUGCAAGAAGAGCUAAAUCAGCACGUAGAACAACUACAAGCUGAUAAUGCGUCUUUGUAUUUUAAUGCAUUGGACGCGUUGGCAUCGCAAAUUCGAAGUUCUACCACCUCUAUGACAAGUGUACCCAAACCUUUGAAAUUCAUGCGUCCUCAUUACGAUACGAUGAAGCAAAUUCUCGACAAACUGACGGAAAUGAAAUGCAAAGAGCUUUGCUGCGAUAUUAUUUCUGUGUUGGCAAUGACAAUGGGGGAAAACAAAGAGUGCUUAAAAUAUAGACUGAUGAGUUCAGCCAAAAAUAUUGGUGAAUGGGGACAUGAGUAUAUUCGGCAUCUGUCAGGAGAACUAGCAAGUGAAUGGGAAGAACUAGCAAGCGAAGGCAGCAGCGAAAUGGUUGCAAAAUUAACUGGAUUAGUUCAUGAAAUAGUUCCAUAUAAUAUGGCUCAUAAUGCUGAAGUUGAAGCCUGUGAUUUACUCAUGGAAAUUGAUCGUUAUGACUUAUUAGAGCAAUAUGUGGAUGAAAGUUCUUAUCAAAGAGUUUGCUUGUAUUUAACAAAUAAUGUACCUUAUGUUGCUGAUCCAGAAAAUAGCACUUUGUUACAUACAUCGUUAAAGUUGUACAAAAAAUUCAAUCAAUAUCCUCAAGCCCUCAGAUUGGCUAUGCAACUCAACGAUUUAAGUUUGAUUGAAGAUAUUUUUACAUCUUGUCCAGAUUUGUCUGUUCAAAAGCAAUUAGCUUUUAUGCUUGGGCGUCAACAAAUUUUCCUUGAGCUUCCAAUCUCAUUAGAUUGGUAUGAUGAUUUGGUUGAAAUAAUGACUAAUUCACAUUUGAAUAAUCACUUCCUAAAUCUGGCACGAGAACUUGAUAUAAUGGAAGCUAAAACUCCAGAAGAUGUUUAUAAAUCUCAUUUAGAUAAUUCAAGACCACCAUUUGGUGGUAAUCAAGUUGAUUCAGCUCGCCAAAAUCUGGCCGCUAGCUUUGUCAAUGGUUUUGUAAAUGCUGCUUUUGGGCAUGAUAAAUUGCUCAUUGAAGAUGGAAACAAGUGGCUUUACAAAAAUAAAGAACAUGGUAUGCUGAGUGCUACCGCUUCCCUUGGUCUUAUUCUGCUUUGGGAUGUUGACGGUGGUCUGACUCCCAUCGACAAAUAUUUGUACUCGUCUGAAGACUACAUUAAAUCCGGAGCUUUACUGGCUUGUGGUAUCGUUAACUGUGGUGUUAGAAAUGAAUGUGAGCCUGCUCUGGCUUUAUUAUCAGAUUAUGUAAUGCACAACAGUAAUACCAUGAGAAUUGGAGCAAUUGUUGGUUUGGGUCUUUCUUAUGCUGGAUCCAAUCGUGAAGCAGUUUUAAGCCUACUGAUACCAGUCCUCAGUGAUCCAAAGUCUAACUGGGAAGUAAUUGGCGUGACUGGUCUUGCCUUGGGUAUGGUAGCUGUUGGCUCUUGCAAUUCUACUGUUACUACUGCAAUUAUGUCUGUUUUAAUGGAAAAAACUGAGACUGAACUUAAGGAUACAUACGCUCGAUUCCUACCUCUAGGUAUCGGUCUAUGCUUCUUGGGUAAACAAGAAGCUGCAGAAGCUAUAAUCGCCGCCCUCGAAGUUAUUCCCGAGCCAUUUAAAUCCAUGUCAAUGACUCUUGUUGAAGUUUGCGCUUAUGCAGGAACUGGCAACGUUUUGAAAAUUCAGAACCUUUUACACAUUUGUUCUGAACAUUACGAACCAACUAAUGAAAAAGAAGAAAAAUCCAGCAAGAAGGACGAUAAAAAAAAUAGCGAGGAAAAGAAAGAAGAAAAGGAAAAAGACUUGAGCUCGAAGCAAGCUGUGGCCGUUUUGGGUAUUGCUCUUAUAGCAAUGGGAGAGGAAAUCGGUGCUGAAAUGGCGUAUAGAACGUUCGGCCAUUUGUUAAGAUACUGCGAACCAGUAAUAAGACGCUCUGUACCUUUGGCUUUAGGUCUUAUCUCAGUAUCGAAUCCAAAAUUAAAUAUUCUUGAUACUUUGUCAAAGUUUUCGCACGAUAGUGACAUGGAAGUCGCCCACAAUGCUAUUUUUGCUAUGGGCUUGGUAGGCGCUGGUACAAAUAAUUCAAAAUUAGCAGCCAUGCUGAGACAACUGGCUCAGUAUCAUGCCAAGGAUCCAAAUAAUUUAUUCAUGGUUAGAAUUGCUCAAGGUCUGGUACAUUUAGGUAAAGGCACAAUGACAUUGUCACCUUAUCAUAGUGACAGACAAUUAUUAAGCCCUGUAGCAUUGGCUGGUCUAUUAGCUGCACUUAUUGGCUUUUUGGAUGUCAAAAACAUAAUACUGGGCAGAUCUCACUACCUGUUGUACACAUUGGCAGCAGCAAUGCAACCUAGAAUGCUGGUAACGUUUGACGAAGAACUGCAGCCGCUGGCUGUGCCAGUUCGAGUUGGUAUGGCCGUCGACGUGGUGGGUCAAGCCGGUAAUCCGAAAACCAUCACAGGUUUCCAAACCCAUACUACACCUGUGCUACUUGCUCACGGCGAGAGAGCCGAGCUGGCCACAGAAGAUUAUGUGCCGCUCACUCCCAUCAUGGAAGGUUUUGUUAUCUUACGCAAAAACAAGGACGCUAAUUAAAACGUCAAAAAAGCCUGCUUGAACGAAUAACUGCCGAUGUUUGAUGAGUGCGCGAUAUUAAUGAUAUAGAAUAUAUAUUAAAAUAAUAAUAAUUACUGUUUAAGCUUUAUUAUUGUGUACAAUAUAAUGCUCUACUAUGUAAUGACACCAUAUUGUAACAUGUAUAACUUUUAAGAUUUAUAAAUAAAAUCACAGAAACAAAA